UAAACGUGUGAUCUUUUUAACACAGCAAAUAUUUUUACGAAUCAUGGCUCUGUGAAACUGCUUUAUUGCCACCUUUAUCACAAAUUGCUAAUAACAUGUGUGAAAAAACAGAACAGAAAGAAAAACAGUAGUUUUUCUUGUGUAAAUUGUGUAAGAAUAUUAGCGGUUUCUCCCUCUUUUUUUAAGUUUCAGACGCAGAAGACUCGCUUAAAAUCUCGCUUAGAACCUUGAAAAAUUGUUUUCUGUAGGUUUGACGAUGUGCUCUUUCAUUUGGACAGGUCAAGGAAAUUUUUUAGUGAAAAUGAUUUUUCGAUUGAAAAACCAAGAUCUUUAAAAAACGGGUCUUUAAAUCGAAGCGGGCAAAAACCAUUGUGAUAUUCGGAAUCAGCACGUUCGAUUACCUAUUGUCAACUGAGUUUAAGCUCAAAAGCGAAAAGGUAGUUGGUGGCCUUCCCUCGUUAGUACCUUAUUCUUGUUUCUUUUGAACUCAAACUUCUUUCUCUAAUAAGUAAUGUAUCCUGUGUCCUUUUUGAUAUUGAUGCUUUCAAAGAGAACACAUUACACGUCACUUAUUAGAGAAAGAAGUUUGAAUUCGAAAGAAACAAGAAAAAGGGGCUAAGAGCUAAAGGACACUGUCGGAUAAAAAGUUCAUAUAAUCUCAUUAACGUAGCCAGGAUUUGGACUCAUUAUUUUGGUUUAGAACAUAUAUAAAAAUGUUCAACUGAGCGAAAAUCAAACCAUUUUUUGAAUUCUCAAAAAUCGCUUGGUUUUCCUCCGCUUGACGUUCUUAUUAGGAAAGUAUUCCUAAUGAGAACGAAGUUACCUCUAAUCAAACUACUGCUGAUUAAUCCUUUAUUUUUGAAGUUGAUUAAUUGAUUUAUGCACCAUUCGAAUCAGCAGAUGGUUUCACACUUUGUAGCAUAAAAAAUGUAUAAGUCGAUUACUUAAUUUGUAAUUGAUUACUUUUCACAAAAGGUAUCUGGUAAAAAGAAACUGCUACAGACGCUAUUUUAUCUCUUAUUCCGAUGCCGCAGCUUCAACCAUCAAAAUAAAUCAAGACAGUCUUUGCUCUCUAGUGAAGAACCGAUGUCAGCAAGAGCCAGGACGUAACUAGCAGAAAUUUAAGCAGAAACUUUUGCAUUAGAUUCUUCAAAAAUCAAAAUCACUAUAAUUACUCUGCGUUCGGUUUUUGGAUUUAAUUUCUGAUUAUUAAAGUUUUAGUUUUUGCUCAUUCUUUUAAUCGUGAUCUACAUCUAUUUCCCGAUUCCAUCAAAUCAUACAUGUAAAAAAUUAGAGAUUUUCUAGAAGUUGUGUGUGUGCACGCAUGCAGCAUCUGGAAGCAGGUAGAAAUACAAAAAUAACUAGGAAAUUAUUUUAAAAACUAAUACUGCUUCACCAUAUACUUGAGUUGUUUUAUAAUGAUAGCCACCAUCACUUUCAGAUGGUUUUGGGCUUGUAUAAUAUCCUUUGUCUUCUUGAGUCUUGAUCUGCUUUAGGUGAUGUUGUGAAAAGAAACGUUAUUGCAAAACUGAUACCUCAUCUUUGCUCACAAUGUAAAAUAUACAACACCUAUGGCCCAGCUGAAACAACAAUAACAGCCACGUAUCAUUUAAUAGAAAGAUCAGAUGGUCAAUCAUCAAUUCCCAUUGGUCUUCCUCUUCCCAAUUAUCAAUGUUACGUGUUAGAUGAACAUUUGCAGCCAGUUGUUUUGAAUGCAAUUGGAGAGUUGUACAUCGGAGGUGCUGGCGUUUGUUAUGAUUAUUUCAAUCGCCCAGAUUUAACAAAACAAGCGUUGAUUAGUAACAUUCCAGGCAUAACAAACAGAAAGUGUUAUCGGACGGGAGAUUUAGUGAAAGUUGGCUCUGAUGGUUUACUCUAUUUUUUGGGUCGAAACAACUUCCAAGUGAAGCUUCACGGACAGCGACUUGAAUUGGGUGAAAUCGAGAGCAUAAUUCUUCAGUCAUCCAAUGAUAUUUCAAACUGUAUUGUGAUCAAAGUCAAUGAUGAAAAAACGAAACAAGAUUAUCUAGUUGCUUAUAUAAGCACAACAAAUCGCUCGUUAGAAUCACACGUGAAACAAUAUUGUCAAUCAUAUCUUGCUACAUACAUGGUACCAUCCAUCUUCAUUCUUUUAGAUCGGUUGCCACUGAAUGAGAACAGAAAAGUUGAUCGAAAACAACUUCCAAAACCAAAUUUCUCAUUAUUACAAGAACCAGAAGAAUUUAUCGAGCCUAAAACAGUCGAAGAAGUCGAAAUUCAUCGACUAUGGUGUGAAGCAUUAGGUUUAGAUAAAAUAUCAUUAACACAAAACUUCUUUUCCGCCGGGGGUACUUCAUUGUUGUUAAUCAAAUUAUUAAAUCAUUACAAAAUACAUUUUUCUGGCAUCAGGAGUACAAAUCUAAAUAUAACAACAUUAUUUCAACAGACCACCAUUGAAGCACAUGCGCGGCUNAUCGAGCCUAAAACAGUCGAAGAAGUCGAAAUUCAUCGACUAUGGUGUGAAGCAUUAGGUUUAGAUAAAAUAUCAUUAACACAAAACUUCUUUUCCGCCGGGGGUACUUCAUUGUUGUUAAUCAAAUUAUUAAAUCAUUACAAAAUACAUUUUUCUGGCAUCAGGAGUACAAAUCUAAAUAUAACAACAUUAUUUCAACAGACCACCAUUGAAGCACAUGCGCGGCUGGUUCAAGCAAACAUGUCAUUAGAUAACAAUAAUCUACGAUCAGAUGUGAAGCAUCAACUGAAAAGAUUUCAUGUCACGGAAGCUGUUGCAUCUUCAGCUCAAGAACGUAUCUGGACUGAUGAACAAGUCAGAUUUGAUUCAGAUAAUCAAUUGGCCAUUUACAACAUUCCAAUCAUACUCAAAGUGAUAGAAGGACCCGUCUCUAUUAGUCGUUUACGUAAUGCUCUAUUGACCAUUAUUCAUAAACACUCGAUAUUACGAACAAAACUGAUAUAUUCACCUGAGGAAAAAUGUUUAAAACAGUACAUUAAAUCGAUGCCUGAUGAAGUUUUAACAUCGAAUCAUGAUGACUAUUACUCAUUCGAAAUGAGUGUAGGGUCUAAUGAACAAGAAUUUAAUACAAUUCUAAUAGCAGAAGUGAAUAGACAUUGGUUUUGCUUAGAAACAGGUAUUGUAUUUCGUUGUCAUAUUGUAAAACAUAAACUGAACAACAAUGAUAUCUUGGUGAAAGAUGAUGCGAUUAUAUUCAAUUUCCAUCAUUCUGCAUUUGACGGUAACUCUGUGAAACUAUUUUUAAGUGAUUUGCAAGAUAUUUACAAUGAUAAUUUCUCAAAUGAUAAUGACGAUAAGUUACAGUAUAUUGAUUAUGCUAUUUAUGAAAGACAAAUGCUUGAUGAUAAUUCAUCUGAUUCCACAAUGAAAGAAGCGAUAAAAUGUUGGAACAUGAUGUUAUCAGAUUAUGAUAUUUAUAAGCAACUGUUACUUCCCUAUGAUCAUUACGAGAAGCUGAAUCACACGCGAAGUGGCCGCGGUUCAAAUAUUCGGUUUUUCGUGCAGGAUACGAUUGUUGACAGAAUGAAUGUGUUUGCAAAUGAAAACAAUAUUUCUAUGUUUCAAUUGUUGGUAACAACUUAUAUGCUGUAUUUGCAUAAAUUGACGAAUAAUAAUGAUAUCUGUAUCGGUGUGCCGAAUACAAGUCUUGAUAAUGUGCAAGGUAUGAUUGGUAUGUUUGUUAACACGCUACCUUACUGUUCAAAGAUAGAUUCACACAUAACAUUCAAAGAUUUGCUGCUUAAAAUCCAUCAGUUAUGUUUAUCAGUAUUGCAAUAUUCAUAUCUACCAUUACAAGAUAUACUGAAAUUGUAUAGAGCCAGAGCAUCAACCACUACACAACACUUACCAUUUCUACAAACAUUAUUUGUUUAUGAAACUCGUGACUAUAGCUCGCCGAAUGUUUUAAAUUUCGACGAAGGCAAAUGCUCCAUCAUUCAAUGUGAAGAUGCAACCGAGCAAACUGCUGCGAGAUUUGAUUUGACAUUCACUGUAAACCAUGAUGUUCGAAAACAUCGUCUAUCUUGUUCAUUUGCGUACGCCUGUGAUUUGUUUAAAGAACAGACAAUAAAAAGAAUGAUGCAAAAAUUCCAGAUAUUAUUAGAACAAUUAUUUUCGCCGUCGUCUUCAUUCGAUCGUACAAGACAUUCGUUGAGUGAAUUAUCCAUAUUGUUGCCAGAUCAGAUGAAAUUGUUGCCAAAGGUGAAUGAAUCCGAUGUUGGUAGCAUCGAUAAUUCAUUACAAUAUAUUGAUUAUAGUAUACAUGAACGACAAAUGGAUAUGCAAGACGCUAAACAUUAUUGGAAACAAUUAUUAGACGGUUACUCUAUUGAUAAACAAUUGGCAUU